AUGGCAAAAGUGUUGGGGCGUUUGAUUUCAAAAGAGUGUAGAGCUGGUCGGUGGAAGGGUAUAAGGAUUGUUGCAGGGGUGGAUCCUUUGACUCAUCUGCAAUUCGCUGAUGAUACUUUUCUGGCUGGAGAGGCCUCAGCAAGGGAAGCUCGGACUGUAAAACAGGUGAUAGAUAAAUAUGAACACGUGUCGAGUCAAAAAGUGAACUGGCUCAAACUUGAGAUUUUUUUCUUCAACACUCCACCUCCUAAACAGAGGGAAAUUACCAACAUUCUUGGAACUUUACCAAGUAAUUUUUUAAGUGUUCCCUUAUUUGGAGGCACUAAUAAGUCGACAAUUUCAAAACAUUUGGUAGAAAGCUGCUUCAACAGAUUGGAGUGA